UAAAAUAUCCAAUUCAAAACCACCACAAUUUCCCUUAUCUGUCAUCCAUUACCAAUCAGAUUCUUCAUAUCAUGUCUGUACCAACUCUUCAAUGUCUUCUUGUUUCAAGAAACAAAGAUUUACGACUGACUGGUAGACCGGAAAGCACCAUAAAAUUCACCAUUUAAACAUUCCGGUUACGAAUGUAGCUAACUCAGAUCAAACAAAUCAACCAAUGGGCUCUCAAAACUUCAAUUUCUUCCUCAUUUUCUUGCUUAUAACUCCAUUAAUAUGCUUCUCUUUCAACCUCCCGAGUGAGUAUUCUAUAGUGGGCAGUAACCUCAAUGAGCUGCUCUCAGAAGAACGGGUCAACGAUUUAUUUCAACAAUGGAGAGAAAAACACAGAAAAGUUUACAAGAAUGCAGAGGAAUCAGAAAACAUGCUUCAGCAUUUUAAAAGAAACUUGAACUAUGUGAUUGAGAUGAAUCAGAAGAUGAAAAACUCGGGUUCGGGUUCAGGUUUUACAGUUGGAUUGAAUAAGUUUGCUGAUAUGAGCAAUGAAGAGUUUAGGGGAAAAUAUCUUUCAAAAAUUAAAAGGCCCAUCAAGAAACUGAAGAAUAAUUUACUAAUGACCAGCAGGCAGAGGAAUUUGCAGGCUUGUGAUGCUCCUUUAAGCUUGGAUUGGAGAAAAAAAGGAGCCGUUACUCCUGUUAAGGAUCAGGGAGACUGUGGAAGCUGUUGGUCAUUUUCUUCAACUGGGGCAAUAGAAGGAAUAAAUGCCAUAGUCACCGGAAAUCUAAUUAGCCUGUCUGAACAAGAGCUUGUGGAUUGUGACACAAGCAAUGACGGAUGUGAUGGAGGCUAUAUGGAUUACGCUUUUGAAUGGGUUAUUUACAACGGUGGGAUAGAUACAGAAGCUGAUUAUCCUUAUACUGCUGUCGAUGGAACCUGCAACAUCACCAAGGAAGAAAGAAAAGCUGUAUCGAUUGAUGGUUACGAGGAUGUAGAUGAAUCAGACAGUGAUCUCUUGUGUGCAACUGUUCUUCAGCCUAUUAGUGUCGGCAUGGUUGGUUCUGCAAGAGAUUUUCAGCUCUAUACAAGUGGAAUCUAUGACGGAACUUGCUCUUCGAAUCCAGCAGACAUUGAUCAUGCUGUACUGAUCGUUGGAUUCGGCUCUGAAGACGGUGAAGAUUAUUGGAUAGCAAAAAAUUCAUGGGGCACAGAAUGGGGUAUGAAAGGAUAUUUCUAUCUAAAAAGAAACACUGAUUUGGCAUAUGGUGUUUGUGCAGUCAAUGCUAUGGCUUCUUAUCCAACUAAAGAAUCCUCUGCCCCAUCACCAACUAGUCCUCCAUCCCCACCAUCACCACUACCACCGCGGCCACCUCCGCCACCGACACCGGUGCCUCCACCGCCCUCGCCUUUGCCGGUUCAAUGUGGGGGAUUCACAUACUGUCAAAGCGAUGAGACAUGCUGUUGUCUAUUUGAAUUCUAUGAUUUCUGCUUAGUUUACGGGUGCUGUCCUUAUGAGAAUGCUGUAUGCUGCACUGGGAGUGAUUUUUGCUGCCCUAGUGAGUACCCCAUUUGUGAUACUGAAGUAAAGCUCUGCUUCAAGAGCAAGGGAGAUUGCCUCGGAGUAGCUGGAAAAAAGAAGCAUAUGGCUAAGCACAAGUUUCCGUGGAGCAAGCUAGAAGAGAUCAAGAGAGGAAAAACAUACCAACCUCUCAUGUGGAAGAGGAAUCCUUUUGCUGCAAAUCUCUGAAAAAUUUGAUUUAUAUUUGGAGAUAAUUUUUCAUUUAUUUGUUCAUAGCUUGAAGCACAUUUGAAGCCAUGUUCUGUAUUGUUGUUCAGGCAUUUGUAACAUACUAAUAAACUGUGUAUAUGGUUUUUAAAGAUAAUAUAAUUUUAUAAUAUAUUUACAUCUA